UUUCGUAAAGUUCUCGAAUCUGAUUUACAUUUAUCGUUUGUUUAUAUUUAUAUACAUAUAUAUAUUAUUUUUAUUGUUAAAAUUAUUUUUGGUUGAAUAUCAACUGUGUGGCUAGUGUAGUUAUCUUGGAUUGAAGUUUAAAGUUGAAGAUAAAUAUUUAUAAAAUUGUUGGAUGAUGGAUCGUAGUGAUACAGAUGGUUUAGUUCAAAGGAAACAUGUUAUCAAUCGUGAUAAUGGAAGUGAUGGAGGCUUCUCACACAAAGAUACAAUCGGUUCAAGUGCAGAUGAUAUUGAAGAUGGUGAUUCCAAAGAGACCAGAUUUACAUUGAUGGAGGAGGUUCUUUUACUUGGAUUAAAAGAUAAAGAGGGCUACACAUCAUUCUGGAAUGAUUGCAUAUCGAGUGGUCUACGUGGUUGUAUAUUAAUCGAACUAGGACUACGCGGACGAGUUGAACUCGAAUCAGCCGGCGUGCGCAGACGAAGUUUGUUAUCACGUAAACUAUUGGUCAAAUCUGAAACACCCACUGGCGACGUUUUACUAGAUGAGGCGCUCAAACACUUAAAAGAACGUGAUCCACCUGAAACUGUUCAAAGUUGGAUUGAAUAUCUUAGUGGUGAAACAUGGAAUCCAUUAAAAAUUCGUUAUCAGUUAAAGAAUGUAAGAGAGAGACUUGCUAAGAACUUAGUUGAAAAAGGUGUAUUAACAACAGAGAAACAAAAUUUUCUAUUAUUUGAUAUGACAACACAUCCAUUAACAGAUAAUGUUACCAAAUGUCGACUUGUUAAAAAGAUACAAGAUGCAGUGUUAUCAAAAUGGGUAAACGAUCCACAACGCAUGGACAAACGAGUAUUAGCAUUGAUAUUAUUAGCACAUGCAAGUGAUGUUCUGGAGAAUGCAUUUGCACCAUUAAACGAUGAAGACUAUGAAUUAGCAAUGAAACGUGUUCGAGAACUGUUAGACUUAGAUUUUGAACAAGAAGCUGCUAAACCAAAUACGUGUGAAGUAUUAUGGGCUAUAUUUGCAGCAUUUACUAAAUAAAUAUAAAAUAUAAAU